AUGUGGCGCAACGGUAACAAAGUCACCGGCACAAACGAUGCACCCUUGGGUGCUCCUCGUCGCUGGGGCGGUAGCCAAUCGGAUUCUAAAGACUCGGGUGCAUUUGGUGGUUUAGGCGCUCCGACUUCAUACACCUCUGCACCUACUACAAAUCGCGAUGAUGCACCCCCUCCUCCACCCCCUCCCGCCAGCACUGCUCCUGAACCGCCGCCCACGGAACGCAAACGUAAGAGCCGUUGGGGAGCCGAAAGCGAAAAGGUUAACGUUGCUGGUCUACCAGUUGCCAUCAACGGGACCAUUGAUGCAGCAGAUCUCGAUCGCUAUGCUGCUACCCUGCGACUCGAGCAGGUCAACAAUAAACUGCGCAACGGCGAUGUGGUUCCACCUGAAAAGGAGCGAUCGCCUUCUCCACCUCCAACAUACGACGGCCAAGGUCGCCGGACGAAUACCCGAGAAUUCCGUUACAGGCGCAAAUUAGAAGAUGAAAGGACAAAGUUGAUCGAAAGGUCCGGCAGGCCUUCUGAAAAAGUCUACAUACCGAUCAAAGAGUUUCCAGAGAUCAAGUUUUUCGGUUUGCUCGUUGGACCUAGGGGUAACAGUUUAAAGAAAAUGGAGGGAGAAAGUGGCGCCAAAAUCAGCAUCCGGGGUAGAGGAAGUGUCAAAGAAGGAAAGGGUCGGAAGGAAGAAUUCGCCGGUGAUGAUGAUGAUGAGAUGCAUUGUUUGGUUACGGCGGACACACAAGACAAGGUCGACAAAUGUGUCAGGUUGAUCAACAAAGUGAUCGAAACAGCCUGUUCGGUACCGGAAAGUCAAAACGAACAAAAGCUCAAUCAACUGCGGGAGCUUGCCCAACUAAACGGUACCUUUAGAGACUUCGAAAACCAAGUUUGUCAAAACUGCGGCAAUCCAGGUCAUCGCAAAUACGAUUGCCCUGAGCAGCGUAACUUUUCUGCAGGCAUAAUCUGCAGAAUUUGCGGAGGCGCUGGUCACAUGGCCCGAGAUUGUACUCAGCGACGUGGUUUCAACUCCGGGAGUUCUGCUGCUGGUGGCGGUGUAGCCCAGGCGUUCGAUUCUGAGUACGCCUCUCUCAUGGCCGAGCUAGGCGAGACUUCAAAAGUUGCCCCGAUUUCUGAAGAAGGUCAGAAUGGCCAAUCUGAUACACCGAAGCAUCAAUCCAAUUGGGCCGGCCCCCCUGGCUCAUCAACACCAGCUCGGAAUGGUGACUCUGGUGCCCCAUCAAAUACGGUGCCACCAUGGCGUGUAGCCUCGAACUGGCAUCCACCCCAGCCACCCCAACACCACGGGGGCCCCUACGGCCAGCGGAAUGCUUAUGUAUUCAAUGCCGCUCAGCACGGUCAUCACAAUCAUAAUCAUCAUAAUCAUCAUGGUCACCCGCAUCAACACCAUUACCACGGUCAACAUGCACACCACCACCCUCAGCAACACCAACAACACAUCCAUCAACAUCAGCCUGCCCAGCCGAUCAUGCCAACUGGUGCACCAGGGACAGAGGCAGGUCUGGCAUCAGCUGCGCCUAGUUUUGUCCCUCAAGGAGCUUACGCUGGUUACUAUGGUCAAUAA